CUUUCAUCCAUUGCUGCAUCCUCAACCUGUCUGCUGGCUGCAUUGAGCACACUACCUUUGCCGUCGUUGCUUUCUGUCUCUCUUUGUCACUCUUUCCAAGUCACUCUUUUGAAUACCUACCCAAGUCGUUCAUUAACGCCGAGUGUGGAAGCGUUUCCACGUCCAUUCCUUUACGCAGUCUGGACCGUCACCACAGAACCCAUUGACCACCUACCGCCAAACCCCAGCCUCGAGAGUCGACGACCUCUGAUCUUGACUCACCAUGUCUUAUUAGACUACUGCUAAACAAUAAUACCCUGUUUCUGACCACAGAAACGCCUGUCACGACUGUACACCCAGCUACACAAUGUCCGACGCAAUUCUUCUGGAGAAUGAGCCUCAGAUACAACCACGGAACCCCUACCCCUUCGCUCGACCUGGCCCGAUUCCAGACCUCAGAUUAGAAGGACUAUUUGUUGAAAAGCCGGUGCCAGUUUCAUUGGUGGCAAGAAGCGAGACCUCGAGCUCCGGCUCGUCCAGUUCAGGUGGUGGAGGAGGAUCAAGCGACACGUUACCUAUCGUCUUGGGCGUGGUCAUCCCGCUUGGCAUCGCGGUUUGCAUAUUGAUAUAUCUACAUCGGCGCCAUGUGAAGAAAUUAAGGUUAGAAGAUGCAGAAGACAAGCACAAGUCACUGGAUUUCGGGCUGCAUGCUACCCCGGAAAAGCCCGGCAAAAAUGGCCCUCAGAUGUCCAUGACCGAAAACAAAGGGAUGGGACGGAAGGGUCGUGGCUUGUCUAUGGACCUGGGUAUGCACAACCCAUAUCUUCUACCUCCUGAGGUCCACCAGUCUCGAGAAUCUCUGCACUCCCUCUCUCGAUUGAACACGGGCGAUGACAAAUAUCGAGCAACUACCUUCAUUCCGGAUGAUGGUUCUAUACGGCCCUCGUCAAGCAGCAGAAGUCCCAUCGAUGACUCCUCGAGCUACACAGGGUCUAGCCUCCGCUACCAAUACGACUCCAAGCAGAACUUAUUGCGCAGCGGACAGGACAAUCCCAUGGGAGGACGAAAUGGAUCGCUAGACACCAUGUCGAACAACCCAAAGUCGGCUAGCUCCAACCUCCUUGCUCCAGCCCCGGCAGAUGCAGGACGAGAGUCGUACGUGAGCACCACGAGCAGCACUGGAGCCAUCACUGCACUGAGAGCCAGCAACAACUAUCUGGGACAAUUCAUCAGUGGGGGAAGCGGCCGGCCAGAAGAAGACCUGUAUAAGAAAGAGGGCACGACCACUGUGGCUGAAAUUCGAGUGGAGCCUCCUGCUGGGGAGGUUCGAGCUCCUCCACCUGCCCUCGUGAAGGAGCCUCGUUAUGAUGGUCUCGAGGUUGCUCCCGCAUCAGCCUCCUCACAUCAACCUAAGCCCUCGGAUGCACCUAGUAUUACAGUCAGCCAAGCAGAAGAGCGCCAGCCUCGCCUGCCCCAGCUCAGUUUCAUUGAUUCGCAAGGGAUCAAGCAGAACUCCAUUGACUCUACGACGAACCACCAGUCACCCACGCCAUUAGCCAAUAAUACGCCUCAACAUUCUAAUGCUCCUUCGACCGAUUUCAACCACCAAGCCGAAACUGCCCAAGACCUACCAGCCAGCCAUGACCAUCAAGAGGAAUAUGUUGAUGACUACUAUGAUGACUAUGAUGCGAAUGUGACUGGAGAAUACCAGGAAUAUCUAGAGUAUCAGGAGUACCUCGGCUACGAUCCGCGGCGAUCAACCAUGGGCACGCGACCUCUUCCUCCUGAGGAUCCGACUGACAACCCUGAGCAACGAGCGAACCGCAUCCGGUCUUUCUACAAGGAAUACUUCGAUGAAACCAAACCACAACCAGCCGGUCAGUACUACGACGGGUCAGAAGGGCAUUAUGACAAUUACGGACACGGAGGGUACGAUGAUCAAUCAUACUACGAGCCUCCCCGUCAGCCGUACGGAAGACAUCGUGCAACGGUGUCCAACGGCAGCUACAGGUCCAGUCCAAGAGCAUACUCGUCUGCAUCAGGACGCUUUGGUCCUCCGUCUCAUAUGCGACCCAAGAAGAAGCUACCUCCCCCCAAGCCUCUCAAUGUAUUGCCGACUCCUCACCUCCUCAACGACGACAACUUUUUGCCCGCUGACUUUGCGCCGCCCAAGAAAUUUCAAAACCAAAGGGCCGGUACCCCUGAAAGUCCUCGAGGUGGAAUGAGGCAGUACAAGAUGCCGCUUCGCCCACAUGUUCCGCUGGCUUCGUCCUUUGACGACCUAGCGGUGAUACCUAGCCCUCAUGCAUUGAGAAGGUCAGGGACGUUUACAGCAUUGGAUUUUGCUCCACCAGGUCGACUACCGGGAGCCGACUCUACGAUGAGCGAGACGGGCAGCAUUCGAAGCAAUCGGUCCGGCAUUUCUGCCAUGCAUGCGCAUAACAUCCGUACAGGAGCGUACCGGGUCAGCCGUAUUCCCAAGGAAGUGGCUGGAACCAAAGACGAACUGUUUGCGGCUCUGAAACCGCAAUGGAAUUUGAACCGGUGAUCUACUUUCCGCCUUGACGUACUCGAAAUGUGUAUAGAGCUCUGGACCACGCGUUUUAUUCUGGCGUAUAAAGCGUGCAGCACAAUGAGCAUAGCGGCAGGAGUUUCAUGGGUGGUAUUGAGCAUGUGAUUGUUCUCUGGGACGCUUAAUGUGGUGGCUGUCGUACUACCACUCCAAAAGUCAAAUGUAUAAUAUGUUGGAUGCGACCGGUACUACCGCAAAUAAAGACCAAGUCAAGCGACUUCCUGCGAGUCAAAUGCAAGCCGUUGCCCAAAAGGGUGCAACAGCGAAUUCUAUAAGCACAUUAUGCUCAAUACUCAAGCAGGAGCCCGGUG